GAGGAGCCGCCGGGGAACGAGGUGUCCUUAGCGCCGGGGCCUGUGAGAGGGAGCGGCGGCGGAGGACGAGGAGGAGGAGAUGCUUCUCUUCGUGGAGCAGGUCCCAUCCAAAGGAGCCGGCCUAAACCCCAACGCCAAAGUAUGGCAGGAGGUUCCUCAGGGGAGUUCUGACGCGGCCCCAGCGACUCAUGGAGCAGAAAGCUCUUGGCAGGAGCCAGCAGCCACGGCCGGGCCCCGUCCCGAGGGGAGCCCGGAGAUCGCAGACGGCAGCUGCAAGGAGUAUGAAGUGAUGUAUUCCCCGUCCUGUGACGCCCCAAGGAACGGCCCCGGAGCGGAAGACGCGGCCGCCAACGGGAUGGUCCUAGCCGCCGAGGAGCUCAGUUACCCAAUUUAUGAUGUUUCCGGUGAAGGCAAUCCUGUGGUUUCUACAGAAGACCUGAAAGAAUGCCUGAAGAAACAGCUCGAAUUCUGCUUUUCACGAGAAAAUCUCUCGAAGGACCUGUACCUGAUCUCUCAGAUGGACAGCGAUCAGUUUGUCCCAAUCUGGACCGUGGCCAACAUGGAGGAAAUCAAGAAGUUGACCACCGACCUGGACCUCAUUCUCGAAGUGUUGAAAUCUUCCCCCAUGGUCCAGGUGGACGAGAAGGGCGAGAAGGUGAGGCCGAACCACAAGCGCUGCAUUAUCAUCCUCCGGGAGAUCCCCGAGAUCACACCCAUCGAGGAGGUCAAGGCGCUGUUCCAAAGUGAAAACUGUCCCAAGGUGAUAAGCUGCGAGUUUGCCCACAAUAACAGCUGGUACAUCACAUUCCAGUCGGACACAGACGCCCAGCAGGCUUUCAGAUACUUGAGGGAAGAAGUGAAGACCUUUCAGGGCAGGCCGAUCAUGGCCAGGAUAAAAGCCAUCAACACGUUCUUCGCGAAGAAUGGGUACCGAGUCAUGGACUCCAGCGUGUAUCCUCAACCGGUCCAGACGCCGGCCCAGUUUGCCUCUCCGCUCUUUAUGCAGCCCGUAUACAGCCCCCAUCAGCAGUUCUCCAUCUACAGCCUCGUGCCUCAGGCCUGGUCCCCGAACCCCGCACCGUACUUCGAAACACCGCUGGCCCCCUUCCCCAAUGGUGGAUUCAUGAAUGGCUUUAAUUCACCGGGAUCUUACAAAACCAAUGCUGCUGCUUUGAGUAUAGGUCGACCAUUCCAUAGAAACCGCGUGAAGCCUCACUUCCGGCCAGCCGGUAGCUCGGAGCAGCCGACGGAAGGCCCCGGCGCGGUGGGCUCCGGGUCGCUGGGGGACGGACCGUUGAACAGAACCGGGUCGAGGAACUUCCCGCCGGAGCGGCACACCCAUCCGCUCCCUGGGCCCCAGGAGCCGACCUACCCCCUGAAGGAGAGCCCCUCCUCCCCGCCGGAGCAGAAUGGGGACUACGGGAUCGGCCGGGGAAGGAGAAACGUUUUCAGAGGCCGGAGACGGAGAGAAGACGACAGGAUGUCACGACCCCUCCCCUCCGCCGAAACCAAGGCCCCCACACCAAAGUUCGACCUGCUGGCGUCCAACUUCCCCCCCUUGCCCGGCAGUUCAGCGAGAACCCAAGGGGAGCCCGUCCUGGAGAGCCGGAUGUCUGACGUCGUCCGGGGCGUCUGCAAAGAGAAGGAGACCAGAGACGCGCCGGCCAGCUCCUCAGCCCCCGUGCAGGAAGAGCCGGCCGGCGUCCAACCGCCGGCCGCCAGCACGAGCCCUCCGCUGGCCGCCGAGGCACCCGCGUCAAGCACAACCCAGCAGGAAAAUCCCCCGGCGGAGGUGUCCGCUCAGAAGGAAGCUCCCAGCCAGACGCCCCCGCUGCGGGCGGGAUCCCCCGGUGCCCCGAAGCCGCCCCGGUCGAGCGCCACCCCCCCGGCCAACAACUCACACGUGACCCCGGCCGUGACUCUACAGGAACCCCGCAAGCUGAGCUACGCCGAAGUGUGCCAGAAACCGCCGAAAGAGCCCCCGGCGCAGCCGCCCCGCGAGCCCCGCCCCGGCGCCGCGGCCUCCCCCGCCAAAAGCGAGGAGGACGGGGUCCCCGACAAGCCGGCCGAGAAGGCGUCCGAGAAGUUUUCCGAGAAGACGGAAGGGAGGGCCGCGAAGGAUUACGCCGGCUUCCGGGGGGGCGCGGCGCCCCGGGGGCCCCCCUUCAAAAUCAGGGAACAGAGGCGCCAGUUCGGCCACCGGCCUUUACCUCAGGGAGCGCCGCGACGCAACGGCAAGGACCAGCCGGCCCCGCCCAGAUCACCAAAGUAAAAACUGGUCAAAACCUCCCA